AUGGAAUGCAAUUACAAUUUUGAAAGCCAACAAACUUACCCAAACCUUGUAAACUACAAAGGGAUCCAUCACAACGAAGAAGAUACCGCUACAAAAUACUUUGACAAAGAGACUGGCGCUCAUUUCAAGUUCUCAGUGUUAUGCUCUAAGCUUAAAAGUAUCAAAAAUUCUUCUGAAAAAGGCAAACAGCCCGUUCUAAAUCUCAGGAAAAUGAAAUCAAAGCUUACAGUGCUAAAAAUCAGACAAAAGCUGAAAAAUAGACAAAUGGAGAAAAACCCUAUUGGCCCCAACAAAAAGAUGAAAUAUAAUGAACCAUUUCCUCUUGAAGUAGCCCACGAUAGGAGACUUUCAGAUCAAAAUUCAGGAAAACCUCAUUUAAAGCCAAUUAUAAUCUCAAGCCACCAACACUUGCAGAGCUCCAAGCAAAACAAGAACAUUAAUGACUUCAAGCCAAACUACAGAGACAAAAUUAUCAGGAUGAGAAUGAACAGGAAAUUCAUAAAACAAAACCUCUCCCAGUGCAUGAAGGGAUCAUCUCCAUCCCAAAUAGUUAGUACCUUGCAAACCUCGAAAGAGAAUAGUCUUUCCGACCACAGACAGCAAUUUGUGAGAACUAGAGACACUUCUAAUAGUCGACCCUCAAGAGUCGCCCAGGUCAGGACUCCUAGCACCUUUCUAAGCAGAAAGUCUAAAGAUAAAAUCCUCUCUCUAGCUUGUUUGAAAGAAUCGAGAAAUUUAGAGUUUGCGAAUAAAAGGAGUAACUUACAAAGCAAGCUUCCUAAAAUCGUUACUAAAACUCCUAAUCUGAGAGACGAUAUCAGGUCGAUUACCUCUUUUUCAAAGAAUGCGAAUGCCAAUGAAGUAAGUACCUGCCCAAAAGCUAUCCAGAAUCAUGGGCUGUACUUCAAAGCUGUAAUUUAAGAGUUUAUAAACUAAGUUUUCAAAUUUACU